CGGAACCUUAAGUCGCUUCGAUUUAGUUUUGUUUAUUUACAUUCUAAUGUCUAGAUCUAGAUCUAUAUCUCUAGAUCUAAAAAUCUAGUUCGUUCUGUCUACGUUUAGUAAACUAUUAGUAGUAUUAGAACAGAUCUAGAUAUAUAGACUCUAGUGUAGUUUACUACGUGUUUGUUUUCAUACACGAUGGACCAACAGAAGCCGGUACUUUCUUUUGGCUUUUCUAAAGUUCAAGAAAUUAGAAAUCUCUCCAAAUCAGUUAUCAGCGAAACUGUAGAUAAAGACCAUGCCCAAGAAAAGGAUUUUGUUUUGUCAUUGGAGGAUAAAGAAGUCAAUUCUACGAAAUCUUCUGAAAAUAAAGUAAAAGAUUAUGUUAUACCUUUAAUUAAACAUAAUAAGUGGCGUUCUUCAAAUAACCAGGAUGAAAAAGUUGAUCUUGUUUCUGACAUUCAAACUGAUAACCUAGAUCUAGAUGCUUUAGCUGCUAAAGAAAUUCUAAGAGAAUCUGCUAAAUACAAUGAGACCUGGGAAGAUAGAGGUACUGAAAAUGGGACAAUCUCUAUACCUCUUUUAAUGCAAAACAAAAUACCAGAUGGAUUUGAAUCAGAAGAAAGGCUAGAUGUGGCUUUAAGACCUGAUGAACCAGAUGAAGCUGAUUAUGACAAGAUACCUAUCGAACAAUAUGGAAUGGCAAUGUUGAGGGGUAUGGGUUGGAACAAAAAUCGUGGUAUAGGCAAAAAUGCCAAAGUAGUGGUUCCAAUUGAAGCACAACUAAGGCCAAAAGGUCUUGGCCUUGGUGCAGAUAAAAAUAAUGCUAAAUCUGUCGCUAAACCCGAUGCCUCAAAAAAAGUGACUGAGGUCCUUGAGCUUAAAAAGAAUUCAUAUUGCCUUGUGACUAAAGGAACUAAUAAAGAUUUGUAUGGAACAGUUGAAGGAUUAGAUGAAGAUAAUGCCUAUGUCAUUGUAAAGUUAGCUUUGAGUGGAAACGUUAUUUAUGUCAUGCAAAACUACAUAAGCCUUGUUGGGAAAACGGAAUUCGAAAAAUAUUCUAAAUAUUUGAACAAAGGAAAAGCAGAUAAAUACAAAGAAAGUGAAGCCAAAGCAUCGACUAAAAUUGAGAAAGCUCAUUAUGAAUCAAAUGAAAAUGGUUCCAAACAAAAACGGAAAAAACAUAAAAAGGAAAGCAGAAAUGAGGAAUCACAUUCUAAACGAAAAAAACAUUCUAGAGAUGAAGAAAAAUAUUCUUACUCUAGUGAAAAACAAAAAAACAAGAAAAAAGACAGUAGAUCUCAACAUUCAGACUAUUCACUUUCAUCUAGUGAAACAGAAGAUAUCAAUUCACCAAACUUACGACCAUGGCUUCAAAAUGACCUUAAAGUUCGUAUUGUUGACAAAACAUUACAUAAAGGAAAUUAUUACAAUAAUAAAGCUGUCAUAAUUGACGUACCUUCUGCAGGAACAUGUAUGUGCAGAACAGAGGAAGGCAGAGUUUUAGAAAAUAUACACCAGUCGUCACUUGAGACAAUAGUUCCUAAAGAAGACAACGCUUAUAUUGCAGUUGUGUCUGGGACACACAGGGGUCAAAUAGGACAGAUAAUAAAGCGACACAAAGAUAAAUGUAUUGCUGUUGUUCAACUUCUGACAGACAGAGACAAUUUAUUAAAGUUGCACUAUGAUGAAAUUUGUCAAUAUGUGGGAAAUGUUCACCAUCAUAAUGACUAUUAAAUAUGUCAGUACUAGUCCUCUCCCUUUAGGAGGGAAAGAAGAGAAAUUGAGAGCAUACAUUUUUUUUUAUUAUGCACAAUAAACUGUAAAGUUUCAAUUUAUAGUGUUUUUGAAAAAUAUAGUAAUGUAGUUAUUACUUUGGACAUUUUCUGUUAGACCUCUUGGAGUAAUUUUUUUUUAAUGAUUUGACUUGGAAGGUUUAAAAUAGUCUCUUUACUGAGUAUUAGAGACAUUAUUAUUUACUAAUUUUCAAGCAAUCAGUUGUUGGUGAAUUGAUGUGUUUGUUAAAAUUUACAUUAAUUACCGGUAUUAAUAAUGAUUUGUAACCCUCUUAACUUUAAGACAUCUGUCUAUGAUAUUAAUUAAAAUCAUUUCAGGACUAUGUCUUCCAGGUGGUAUUGUUAAUGUCACAUAGUUUAUGUGUUAUAAUUUUAAAAGGACCCUUUUAUAAUUUCAAUGAGUUACAUAAUAUAUUAAUGUAAACUUGUUUUUGUAAUAUCAUCAAUAAGCCUACAAUAGAAGCUCAAUGGAGUUGUAACAAAAAAAGCAAUUAACUUUAUGAGCAGUAUGUAGGAAGGACAUUCCAAAUUACUUGAGACAUACCCAGUAGUAAGCCCAUGGACUAAUUUAGAUUAGGUUACCAUUAAAUAAUUUAAUUGUAAAAUAUAACACUAGUAAAUUAUUUGUAUCUCUUUUAAAGUUUUUCCUUAUUAAAUUGAUUCCUAACCUAAAUUCUUGGUGCUGUGUAAUUUGUAAACCCAUUUGCACAUUGUUAUAUAUUUUAGGUUGCUCUGUUUAAAAGUAAAGUGGCAUUUUACAUCUCGAGAGAUGAUCUUUUCUCUUUGCAACUUCUUGUGUGGCUAAAGAGGCCAAUCCUUGAUACACAGCUGCAGUCACAGGUUGGGCAUAUAUGUAAUCGCCAGGCGCUGUUGCAUUUUCACCCUUCUUUCUGCUGCUGUUGUGUAUGGCAUCUGCAACCCGAUACCCUUCCUUUAUACUCUCUCUCCAUGUAGAUUUAUCCAGUGCCACUUUUUCCCAGCUGCUAGUGUCGAUUUAGAAUAAUAAUCAUAAUUCCAUCCUUAUUUUAACUGAGGAAUUUAGAGACUGGGAACUUUUGUUUCAAAAGCUUUGGAUAGAAACCCCAUAAAAUACUUUUCUUUUCUUACAAAUUUUGAGCAAGUGGUUUCCUUGCCCUGUAGUAUCAAGAUUUGACAAGUCUGGAACAUGGAUAAAGAUCAUGAGACAGAUUUUUCUAAAGUGAGAACCAAUAUAGAGUGGCCUUCCUGAUUUAAUGUCAAAUAAAAAUAGAAUAGCACUCUCACUCUUGGAGAGAGUAGGCUUACCUGUACUAAAUGCAUACCGGUAUUUUUACUCGCUGUUUGGUAACGGUAAAAACAAAUAUGCUUAGUUAUUAUGUUGUUAUAUUCAUCUUGAACUAGGUGUAAUAGCAAUAGUGGAAUUAAAAUAGUGUAAAGUCAGAUUUUCUUUAGUCCAAAAUUGUGUAAAUAAAUUGCUUUUGCUGAAGCUUAUUCAGAUGGAAUUCCAAAUAGAAUUGACCCAAAUAUUUUGGUUUACCGGUACCUGUAUAUAAAAUAAUUAUUAUAGGUCUUAAACAUCUAGGUACAUAUUUAUUUGAAGCCCUGCAAAAAAUGGCAGGAGGUUACCAUAAGCUAGGCAUUUAUUUUCAGUACUAUCAAAAUAUUGUUUUGACCUGCCACUUGAAAAUAAGUUUUCUUUUAAUGCUUUUUUUGACCAGGUUAAAAGAUUUUAAUUGUACUGGUUAUAUAUGAAGAUUAAAUACACAUUUAUAUUGAUUUCUAAAUAUUGCUGCCCUGUGCGUGAGAGGACUUAUGUCUAUUUAAAUAACUACAGUCCUGUAAUUACAUUACGGUACUUAAUAUUUUCAUCUGUCACAUUCUUAAUUUGACUAAUAUUAAUCAUUUUAAUUACUGCGGUACCAGUCAAUUUUAUAUUGUGUCCUAGUAUAUAUAUAUUUUUUUUUUAAUGUACCAUAUUUUUUUCUUUUUAUUAUAUCUUAUGUUUGAUAGCAAGACACUUUUGAAAGAGUGUUGUUGUCUCUUGACUUGGGAAAUAUUCUUAAAUUUAGUUACUAUUAUAUAAAGUUAUAUCAUGUCAUUAUGUGCUGUUCUUUUCUUCAUCAGCAAUUUAUUUUGCUUUAUAAAAUAAUAAAUAUCUUAAUUAUCUCUCUAAUAAACAAUCAAGCAAAGCUGACUUCAGAUUUUCCAUCAUCACUGAAUCAUUAAGCUUUUCCAGCCAACAAACAUGUUGAGAUUUGUUUGUAUUGAUGGGAGCCGUACAUUAUCAAUUUUAAGUGAUAAUUUUAAGAGUAAUAAAAUUAUAUUUUAUUGAAAUUAAAAUGUAUAACCAGAUAACAUUAUCUGAAAUGGACCUCAUUCACCAAUCGUAGACGAACAACAAUGAGGCACGUGCUUCUCUAUCUCUUCUACACAAAUUAUGAUCUAAUUUUAAUCAACAAUGGUUAUCACGUGACAGUUUUUUUAUUGUUUUAUCAAUAUUAUCACAUGACCGUUCGUUUUGGUGAAUGAGGUCCAUUAUGUAGAUUCAAAUGAUGUGCAUAAGCUAUUAAAAAUUGCCAUGCAAAAUCUAUGAUCUUUCAACUUAUUCUAAGCCAUUUAUUUUUAUUUUUUGUUAAUAAAAAUAAUCCAUAUAAGUGAAUUUUAAUUCAUGUAAUUAAAAUGUAAAAAAUUACCAGUAUUUUUUAAAUAUUUAAGUCUACUAGUUAACAAAGUAAUGAAUUUUUUUUUAACAUAAAACUUUUACUGGGACAUUUACAAUGUAUAUUCCUAAGAUCUGCAUCAGGUGUGACAAAAUAGUUAGAUCACAAAUUUUUUUGCAUUCGUGAUUAGGUGAAAUACCUACACUCAUCAUUACUCUUCAGAAUUGUGCAGCAUCAAUAUUGUUUUUAUUUUGAUUGUAUAAUUUGCUAAGUAACAGCAUUGCUUUUUUAAAAAGUUUACUGCGCAUUUCCAUAGGUUGUUUUUUUUUUUAAAUAUUCAUUGGCACAGCAUGAAUGAUUUUUUACAUUUGAUGAUGAUGUUAAUGAAGGAUUAUGUGAAAGAGCUUAGGGUGACCAUUUAUGUCGAUGUGAAUUUUAGUUUUAUAAAGUAUAAAGUCUUCUAACUUGAA